CGUGUCCCAGCAGGUGUCCCCACAACAUCUACCGCAUCAUGAAGGACUGCUGGGAGGCCGACCCGGCCAGGAGGCCGUCCUUCCACGCGCUGCACAGCCAGAUGGACUCCAUCUACACGCACAUUUAUUACAAGACCGUGGAGGUGCGGUGAGGUGGAAUCCAGGCGGCCAUCAUGGCUGAGUGUCUUCGCAGGGUCUGUCCCGCGCUGUGGACUAAAGUCCACAGGGACCAGAAGUCUCCCCCCCAGGCGGAGGAGGUGGGACAGCAGCAACAGUCCCCGGAGUCGCCGCCUCAGAGUUCCGCGGCCGAGGACCAGGAUGGCGGCACCUUCACGGCCGUGUGGGACUUCCAGGGCAGGAACGACAAGGAGCUGACCUUCCGGAAGGGAGACCUGUUCAAGGUCCACAACCUCAGCGACGACUGGUGGACGGUGGACAAGAUGGACCCGGCGGGCGGCGUCCUGGACACGGGCCUGGUGCCCAGCAACUACCUGGAGAAGAAGGAAGACGAGCAGGAGGAUGAACUGUGGAACUUUGGCACCAUGAACCGCACAGAAGCCCAAAGUCACCUCAUGGCACCAGAAAACGAGGAGGGAGCGUUCCUGGUGCGCUCCAGCGAGAACCACGAGGACUACGUCCUCUCAGUGCGGUCCAGCUGUCGAGUGAAGCACUUUAAGAUCCUCCAAACGCCGGACGGUCAGUUCGACCUGGACCGCGCCAAUCGCUUCAGCUCGCUGAGCCACCUGGUGGCUCACUACUGCAACAACCGCCUGAGCAACCUGGACACGCUGGGCCAGCCCUGCAGGCGGAAAGAGAAAGUGGAAGAAGUCCACUUCCCAGAUGACGUGUGGGAGCUUCCCAAGGACGAGUUCACCUUGGAGGACAAGUUGGGAAGCGGCUACUUCUCCGACGUUUAUCGAGGAUGCUGGAAGUCUCGUAUUCGCGUGGCCAUCAAGAUCAUCAAGAACGAUACCGAAGUCAACCACUCCGAGUUCCAGCGGGAGGUCCAGAUCCUGAAACGUCUUCGCCAUCGCCACCUCAUCUCGCUGUUCGCCAUCUGCACCGCCUCCACGCCGUACUACAUCGUCACCGAGCUGAUGGAGAAAGGAAGUCUGCAGGACCUCCUCAGAAGUCCUGAGGGCAAGCAGCUGGACAACAUGUCCCUGGUGGACAUGGCGGCCCAGGUGGCUGAAGGCAUGGCCUACCUGGAGGAGCUGGAAAUGGUCCACAGAGACUUGGCGGCCCGGAACGUUCUGGUGGGAGAAAACUACAUCUGCAAGGUGGCCGACUUUGGCCUGACCCAAGUCAUCAAGGAGCCCAUCUACCUGGCCUACCAGAAGGCCAUCCCCUACAAGUGGAGCGCACCUGAGGCCAUCAGCAGCAAACUCUUCACCAUCAAGUCCGACGUUUGGUCCUUUGGUGUCCUGCUCUAUGAGCUGGUCACCUACGGAGGAGUCCCCUAUCCUGGUAUGACCGGGAAGGAGGCGGAAGAGGAGGUCACCAAAGGCUACAGGAUGACGUCGCCGCCUGACUGUCCAAAAUUCAUCUCCCAAAUGAUGCAGCAAUGUUGGAGCGCCGAGCCUGCAGAGAGGCCUGCCUUCAAGGAGCUCAGGCUUCAACUGGACGCCAUUUAUGAGAUGGAGUCGUAGCACAACACCGCCACAGGGGGGCGGCAGAGUGUCACAAACUCACCCUUGUCCUUUUUAACCAUGUUGACAAUCUGCCUGCAGUACUCCCUUUCAGCCACUUGGGGGAGGCACAGAUCCUCACUGACAGGAUUUCAAUGUUGGAACAAAAACUUCAUAUAUUUUAGCAACAAGAAAAAGGAGAUAAUAUGUAAACACGCAUACAUCAUCUCUGCAUGGAACUGUUGGUGUGGUGUGGUGUGGCCUCCUUGCAAACACAUUUAAGGUGAGCACACAGUGACUUGAUGGGAGGAGCUGACUGGGCGUUCCUUCGACAUGACAAACGACUUAGUUAGCGUGUUGACAUUCCACACCUGCCAAUAAAGUUGCAGAAGGUCAACACCUGUAAAA